AUGCCGGGAAAAACAGCGGACACUCCGCGCAUCACCAAGUUCACCAACUGUCGACUGGUGCGCGGCUCAAGUCUGGUUGAGCAAGACCUCUGGAUUGAUUCCCUCACAGGCAAGAUCCUCAAAGAUCAAGAAGCCUUCUAUGAGCUAUACCUAUCCCCCGAUGAGAUCAUUGACCUGGGAGGCCGUAUCGUCGCCCCGGGAAUGAUUGAUGUCCAACUCAAUGGCGCCCACGGAUUCGACUUCUCAGUCCCCGCUGAAACCAAGGAGAAGUAUGACGAAGGUCUCCGCAUGGUGAACAAAGGCCUGGCCCGGACAGGGGUGACCUCCUACCUGCCCACCGUCGUCAGCUCCACAGCCGAAGUAUACCACCAGGUUCUACCCUCUCUCGGCCCAACAGCCAAAGUGCACCAGCCCACAGACGGAGCCGAGUCCCUCGGUGCCCAUGCCGAAGGUCCCUUCAUCAGCCCAGGCCGCAACGGCAUUCACAAGUCCGAAGUCCUGCUCGCCGCAGAGACCUUCGCCGACAUCCUCGCCUGCUAUGGCGCCGACAACGUCCACCCCAACCCCAUCAAGAUGAUCACCGCGGCCCCAGAAGUCGGCAAAAUGAUGGACCAGAUCCCAGAGAUCGCCAAGCGCGGUAUCAUCUACUCCAUCGGUCACUCAGACGCAACCUACGAACAGGCCGUCACAGCCACCCACCAAGGAGCCCGCAUGAUCACUCACCUCUUCAACGCCAUGCGUCCCUUCUACCACCGCAACCCUGGCAUCUUCGGUCUACUGGGUCAGAGUGAGCGUCGCAGACCCUUCUACGGUGUCAUCGCAGACGGGAUUCAUCUGCACCCCACGAGCAUUAAGAUUGCCUACAAUGCCCACCCCGAGGGUCUGGUUCUGGUCACUGACGCCAUGCGUCUGUGUGGCCUGCCCGAUGGAGUCUAUGACUGGACCAACGGAGAGAGAAUCGUCAAGACUGGGGCGCGGUUGACCCUGGAGGGAUCGGACAAGAUUGCUGGGUCGUCGGCCACACUGAUUGAGUGCGUGAACAACUUCCGUCGCUGGUCAGGCGCUUCCACGGCAGCGGCUAUCAAUGCGGUCACUGCUGUGCCGGCUCGAUUGCUGGGUCUGGAGGGUGUCAAGGGCUCAUUGGAGAGUGGGGCCGAUGCAGACCUGGUCAUUCUGGGCGAGUGUGAAGAUCCAUUCUCGGGUCCUACCUUGACGGUGGAUCAGGUGUGGAAGUUCGGUGCUAAGAUCCAUGACACUGAUAAGACUGUAGUUUGA